UACGCCACAGAUAUUUAGAUAUAGAUCGGCGUGCUUCCGAGCUCUUGUACUUUUCUACACAAUUCAACGACUAUGAAGGAAAAUUUGAAUGUAGCUAAAUGAGGGGGCGCCAUUUGGAUCCUUUGCCCCCCCCCCCUGUGAUCUCAUCCCCAGCACGUCACUGCUCGUGUUAUCUCUUAGGAUGGUUCCUGGCGCUCAAAAAACUUUUGCUGCUAAGCAAAAACUUUAAAAGAAAACUUAAUGAAAAAGGUCUGGGGAUUUGCCACCCCUACUCCACAGGCCUGGCUACGGGCUUGACUAGCUCUUUAAAAAAUACUAAGAAAAUACAGUAAGAUUUGAAUGAGAUUUGAAUGAAAUUACUGACUCAGAAUAAAACCUAAAAUAUUUUUUAUUUUUCCAUAAGUAUAGUACAGUACGAUUGAUAAAUCGCCUUCUGCAUUUGCUUUUAUCUAAAGACUGAUCUUCGGGUUUAAAAUCCACCCUACAACAUGCAGCUGCUGAAACGAACUGUUGUAGCGCUGCAAUUAAAUUGGUAGCGAUUUCAACCAGGCAAUCAAGAGCAGGCGUGUCUGCAAAGUAUAUUCUAAUUGUUAAGAUAAAUUGAGCGUAAGAAGAAUUUAAUUACCGUGAUGUUUGGACUCAUGUUUACCCAGCAGAACAGCGAAACGCCUUCAAGCUAGCCUGUGUGGCUGGCUACUCCAGCAACUGUGUGCACAAUCGGUUAUUAUGUAAUUUAACAGUUGGUAAAAAAAAAUUUUCAAAGAGCCAUCAUAUUUGUCAACAGACAACUUUGUCCGAUCUACUUUUCACUUGCUUGGUUUUGAUUUUCAAACUUUACUGGUGUCUCUUAUCUACGUUUUGCUGGCAGUAAAUCAUCGCAUAGUUUUUAACCGUUGUGCCUGAGCUUGUUGUUUUAAAACUAAUGGCAGGUAUAUAAAUUGCACACUUUUCCUGAGAUAAAUCCACCAAAACUAUGAUAUUCACGUACUUGCAUGCAAUGUAUGUUAAUAUCAUCGCUUAAAUGCAAUGCCAAGAAUCAAAUAUGAUAUUUCCAUUUCAAAAUUCCUAAACGGCCCUUUACGAACUUCAUAGGUGGCCUUUCUGCGCGGCAAUAAAUCUCUUCUUGGUCCCCUGCGAAUUUUUCUAUUGCCCUGUGAAAUUGACUUUUUGUAGAUUGGGGGUGUGCCUCCAUACCCCCCCCCCCCCUCCGGUAUUUUCGCCCCUGAAUGAGAUGGCACCUCAUGUGCAUAGGAAGAAUAGAGUUGUUGGAGUUGCACCAUAGUUUGAGAAGGUUCGGAAAAAUUAGUGUUGCAUUUGAAAGAAAGGAUUUUUAUAAUUCUAUUUCCCGAUAAUUAAUUUUCUGUUUGGAAUUUGAACUUUGGAUUUUUACCUGUUUUAAUUGGGUGUUGAGAUCCACGCUGGCUGGUCCGGGAUUUAGUACGGACGUCCUCGUUCUGGUAGCGAGACUCGAGCUCGAUUCGAGCAUUCAUUGGUUGCCUAUUUUGUUGUGGGAAUAUUUGAAUCAUGACCGCCUCGAAGUGAAGAUGUCUUCCCAGAUCGAAGGAAAGCUCUUUAAUUAAAUUUCGCUGGAAUUUUCGCUGAUUUCCCAGGUAUCCAUUUGACUCAUUUGAAGCCUACAAACAUGCAAGUAGAACAGUACGAGCUUGAUUGCUGUGUCGCCAUCGAAAGUUUGACACCAACAGGGAAUGUAACCAAGAGCCAGAAAUUAAAUAACUGCAUGGUGUCGUUAGGCAGGGAUCAGUUCAGAGACAUCGUGAUCAAAAUUGCUACUAAAAAGACUGGAAAGACUCAAGAUAUUAUUAUGAAGAAUGUCAAGAUAUUUAAAAAGUUUCUCAGAGAGGGGAAGGCUUCAAUAAGAACACAAGAUAAAACACAGAUUCUCAUAUCAAAUUGUCCUCCUGACAGGCUUGCGAUGUUUCUUAAAACCCUUGCAAUUAAACUCGGAAUUAUGAAAGGUCAUGCAACAGAUAAGGCUAGACUUUACAGCACUGUACGAAAGGAAUUCCAGUUUAUUAGUCCACUUACGGAAAAGGAUUGCUUGGUUUUUCAGGACAAAUCUAAGCAGGGCAACAAAAGUCCUUCAAACCAGAAGGUGCCUUCGGGUCUUAAAUCUAGAGUUCAUGCUACAGACAUAACACCCAAAAGGAAGCGAGGAAAGGAAGAUGGCUAUUCUUUACCCCGAAAAAGAAUUAAUAGUAGUGAGAACAUAACAAAAGUCACACCAAAUGUCGACAAAAAGAUACAUUUGAAAAUGACAACUGAACAACGAGAGGUAUUGGAUGCAGUGUUACUGGGCAAAAAUGUUUUCUUUACUGGAUGUGCAGGUACGGGGAAAUCCUAUCUUCUGAAGAGAAUAAUCGGUGCUUUACCCCCUGCAUCUACAGUUGCAUCUGCAAGUACAGGAAUUGCUGCGUGUCAUAUUGGUGGAAUCACUCUACAUUCAUUUGCAGGGAUUGGAACUGGUGGUGCUUCAUUAGAAAAAUGCUAUGAAUUAUCAUCACGGCCUUCAGUGAAACAACAGUGGAAAAAAUGCCAAUUUUUGAUCAUAGAUGAAAUAUCAAUGGUUGAAGCUAGUUACUUUGAUAAAAUUGAAGCAGUAGCCAGGUACAUUCGGAAAAGUGACCUUCCAUUUGGAGGGAUUCAGCUGAUUCUCUGUGGAGAUUUUCUGCAGCUGCCACCAGUAAUUAAAGAUUCAAAAGUGAAGAAAAAGUUCUGUUUUCAGGCUGAAAGCUGGAGAGAUUGUGUCAACUCGGUUUUUGAACUAACGGAAGUGAAACGUCAAGAUGAUACAUCCUUUAUUAAUAUUCUACAAUACAUCAGAUUUGGAAAGUGCCCGGAAGAAAUUCUGGCCGUACUGGAAAAUGGAACCUCUAAUGUCAAUAACCGCCAUGGCAUACAAGCGACAAGACUUUGCACUCACAAGGAUGAUGUUGAUGAAAUGAACAAUCUUAAAAUGAAGGAGCUCAGGGGUGAAUUGAAAGUUUUUCAAGCUGUGGAUAGCGAUUCCCUAUUCACAAAUCAAAUGGACAGAUAUCUGCCUGUUAAGCAACGUCUCGAGCUUAAAGUUGGUGCUCAGGUCAUGCUUACAAAGAACCUGGAUUUACAAAAGGGUUUGGUGAAUGGUGCAAGGGGGAUCGUGAAGCAGUUUCAAAGCAACUCUUUAAAUAUACCAAUUGUGAAGUUUGUAAAUGGCUUAGAAAUAGCGCUUAAAACAGAAAGGUUUACAUUAGGUAUCCCCGGAGGUGGUUUGGCAACAAGACAACAAUUGCCAUUAAAACUAGCAUGGGCCAUCUCCAUACACAAAAGCCAGGGACUGACAUUGGACUGCGUUGAAGUGUCGUUGGCGAGGGUUUUUGAAGACGGUCAGGCGUACGUUGCUUUAUCAAGAGCAAAGAGUUUAGAAGGCUUGAGGAUACUCGAUUUAAACAGGCAGUGCUUUCGAGCACAUCCAGAUGCACUGAGGUUCUACAUCAAGCUGAGAAGAGAAAUGAGGAUAAAGAGGGAAAUAGAAAAAGAAAAUGCAGACUUUAUUGGCAAUUAUUAGUUUUUUAGUUAUUUUAUAAUUGAUUGUACAUAAAAUAUAAUGUGUUCUUUUUAACAUCAAAGUUAAUUUUUCUUUA